CAAGACACAGGUUAUCCUCAUCUAAAUCACAUCCAGUUAUUUAAAGGAGAGGAUCAUAUAUCAUUUAAUAUUUUAAUUGCAUGGGCAGCAAUGGUUUAUGGCUUAUUAAACAGAUUGCAUUCUUGAAGGCUAGACAACUAUCGAAGAAGUCCACCUACAAUGGCUUCUAUUCUUCGCCAGAUCGUGGCAGGUCCGCGGGCACCACAUCCAGAAGCUGGCCUUGAUCUCUGUUACGUCACAGAAAGGAUCGUUGCAACCUCGGGCCCUUCAUCAACAUAUCCUCAGCGCGCAUAUAGAAAUCCAACAGACUCGCUUGUCAAAUUUCUCGACUACAAGCACGGUAAAGAAUGGGCGAUAUGGGAAUUCCGCGCAGAAGGGACAGGCUAUCCUGAUUCAGAAGUGUACAAUCGAGUAUGGCAUUAUCCGUGGCCGGACCACCACCCACCUCCGUUUGCUUUGAUACCGAAUAUCAUGGCUUCGAUGCGAAAUUGGCUCAAGGAGGACAAAGGCCGUGUGGUUGUGGUUCACUGCAAAGCGGGCAAGGGACGAAGCGGGACAGUCGCGUGUUCCUAUCUCAUAAGCGAAGAAGGGUGGGAGAAAGAAGAGGCGUUGAAGAGAUUCACCGAGAGACGGAUGCGCUUUGGCUUUGGUGAAGGCGUUUCCAUUCCAAGCCAACUUCGAUGGGUCGGUUACGUCGAGCGCUGGGCCAGACAUGGAAAACACUAUAUUGAGCGAAAAGUCGAAGUAUGCGAGCUGCAUGUGUAUGGGCUUAGGGAAGGGGUUAAGAUUUCCGUCGAGGGCUACGUUGACGAUGGCCGUACAAUCAAGCAAUUUCACACCUUCAACCGGGAUGAGCGCCAGGUGGUCAAGGGGAAAAGCAAGAAAAGUUCAGCAAUUGCUGAUCUCGUCACCGAGGUUAUGAGGUGGAACCAAGCAAAGAAACAACCCGAACAGACCAAAUCAGCGGAUGCAUCAGAGUCUGAUAACGAGGUUAAGGGGGUCUCCCCAGCCAAUGACAACGAGACCGGCGGAGGUUGUAUGGAUGUCAUAUUCCGACCCAAAGAGCCUGUUGUGCUUCCUACCAGCGACAUCAACAUUGACUUUGAGCGACGCAACAAGGCCAGCUACGGUUUGACCAUGGUCACUGCAGUGGCUCAUGUCUGGUUCAAUGCCUUUUUCGAGGGCAAUGGACCAGAGAACGCCGGGAGUGCAGAUGAUUCCGGCAUUUUUGAGAUUGAGUGGGACAAGAUGGAUGGUAUCAAGGGCAGCAGUCAAAAGGGAAUUCGAGCAUUCGAUAAGAUCUCCGUGGUCUGGAAGGCAGUGGAGAGAGGCGAAGCAGCCGGAGCUCCUGUCGAGAUUAACGAGCCUGGCGAGGGAGAGGAGGUAAAGCAGAUGCAAGCUGCUGAUUGGAGAGGAGCAAAUGAGGAGCGUUCAGGUCUUGGAAAGGAAUUGGGUCUCCGCACUGCGAGCCCGGCUGUCAGUGCAGAUGUCAGCAAGGCCAGUAGUAUCAAGAGUGUCUCAUCGACAAAGGCCCGAGAGCAGCCUGUUCGUGGCAAACAAGGCGAGAACGCGAGAAUGGUGACAGAUCAUCGCAAGUUAGCUGGGGAACACAUGUCGGAUUCCCAGCCUGACCUUUCUGCGACCCCGGGAGCAAGCUGUGCGCAACAGGCCUUUGUUUCCACCGAAAGAACCGAGUCUCCAUUAGCUGAUGAAAGUGCGCCAGACGAACCUUCUACCAGCAUCAAACCGAAAAGUAAAACGACUGAUUUGGGAGAUCUCGCUGAACAAGAACAACAGAGCCAGACCAAACACUAGUGUCAUUAGAAUCUAGGUAGCUACUCAUACCCUGCAACGCACAUCUCGUUUUGCAGGGCUUUUUUUGAUUUUCGACAGUUUGAGAUAUCAGAAAAUACCC